UGCUGAGUGUCAAGAUGGCGGCUGGGUGGCAGACAAAGACAAGUCGGGUUCGGAUGUGAGCGGCUGGGUGAUCGCGGGGAUCUGCAGCUCAGAGGGCGGCCACCGUCACCCUCCCGGACUCCCGUCUGCACCCCCAGGAGGCCGCAAGGGUAAGGCUGUUGGCCGGCACCUCGGGAAGGUUCGGAACCGUCUAAUAUCCCAACCCGAGAGGACACCCCCCCCGGAGCGCAGUAAAUACCGAUCAGGACCGGCAGUGCUGCGCAGGCUCCCCGGCAUGUUGCCCGGCAGCGACUGGCACAGUUUAUGAAUCUUCUGAUAUGCGUCCGUCAGCAGACAGCAGUGCCCUGAGUCUGCCAGAAACCAUGUCGCAUUACACAGACGAGCCGAGGUUCACCAUCGAGCAGAUAGACCUGCUCCAGCGCCUGAGACGUACGGGGAUGACCAAGCACGAGGUCCUCCACGCGCUGGAGACCCUCGACCGCCUCGACCAGGAACACAGCGACAAGUUCGGGAGGAGGUCCGGCUACGGGGCGACGUCCUACAACAACAGCACCGCCAACAACGUCCCCGCGUCGUCUUCCACGGCCACCGCGUCCACGCAGACCCUUCACUGCGGGAUGUCCCCGUCCCCCAGCAACAGCUGUGACACCUCCCCGCAGCCCUGCACCACCAAUCAGAACGGGAGAGAGAGCAACGAGAGGCUCCCCACGUCCAACGGGAAGCUGUCGCCGUCGCGCUACCACGCCAACAGCAUCGGGCCGCGGUCGUACAGCUACGAGGCGUCCGAGGAAGACCUGGACGUGGACGACAAGGUCGAGGAGCUGAUGAGGAGAGACAGCAGCGUCAUCAAAGAAGAAAUCAAAGCCUUUCUUGCCAACCGGAGAAUAUCUCAGGCUGUAGUCGCGCAAGUUACAGGUAUCAGUCAGAGCAGGAUCUCCCACUGGCUGCUUCAGCAGGGGUCCGACCUGAGCGAGCAGAAGAAGAGAGCUUUCUACCGAUGGUAUCAGCUGGAGAAGACCAACCCAGGUGCUACUCUGAGCAUGAGACCUGCACCUACCCCCAUAGAUGACCCAGAAUGGAGGCAGACACCACCCCCCGUCACCGCCACCUCCGGUACGUUCCGGUUGCGAAGGGGAAGUCGGUUCACCUGGAGAAAGGAGUGCUUGGCUGUAAUGGAAAGCUAUUUUAACGAGAACCAGUAUCCCGACGAGGCGAAACGCGAAGAAAUCGCAAAUGCCUGCAAUGCCGUGAUACAGAAACCAGGAAAAAAGCUGUCUGAUCUGGAGAGGGUCACGUCCUUGAAGGUUUAUAACUGGUUUGCCAACCGACGAAAGGAAAUUAAGAGAAGAGCCAAUAUUGAAGCAGCAAUCCUGGAGAGUCAUGGCAUCGAUGUACAAAGUCCUGGAGGCCAUUCAAACAGCGAUGACGUCGAUGGGAACGAUUACUCUGAACAGGAUGACAGCACUAGCCACAGCGACCACCAAGAUCCCAUCUCCUUAGCGGUGGAAAUGGCAGCCGUCAAUCACACCAUCCUAGCUUUGGCCCGGCAGGGAGCCAACGAGAUCAAGACAGAGGCCCUCGACGACGACUGAUCCUGCCGGAAAGAUAACCUGAACCGGGAGGCGUCAAACCCGGAACCUUAUUUAGAUUUAGACGUAGCACCUUAGCAAUCUUUCCUCGGCCCUUAAUAUGUGUUCCUCUGUACAGUAUCACUGCAGUCUCUCGUACGUCGCGUUAGCUGGUAGGGUCUCGUCCUGUGAAGAUGGCGUGGCGCAAAUGCCCUUCGCAAAUGCUUUCUCAGUAUUAAUUCCAGCAGUAAUCUGCCCCACACGCUCCCCUCUGCCUCUUCCUUUCCUCCGCAUUCCAGUUUAAAAGUGCUUCCAUCCCACAUGCGGCCCUCAACCCACUCCUGAGGUAGGGACCCUUUAAACAAGGUUAUUCCCGACGGCAAGGACCAGUGCCGUACGGAAACAAGACCCCGCGCUAUGUACUAGCAGAGCCCCCUAGUCACAAUGUACGUGAGGUCCAAGCAUCUACAUGUUCAAGAGCAUUACUCCCAUGAUCCUUUGCCCAGCAACAGGUGGCAUCUGUGCAAUUAUUGGUUCUUGAAGAGGUCAUUUGGACUGGUGAUUGGAGAAACUACUCGUUUUACAGCGUGUAAUCUAUAUUUAAUGUUUUUUUUUUUUUUUUUUUUU